AUGCCUCCUCACGCCACCGCGAUCACGCUGGCCGCGCCACACGCUGCGGCCCUCGUGCUCCUCCCAAUAAACCCUUUUCGCUGCCCCCCUUUACCGCCUCCCGAUCUCCCUUUACCGCCUCCCGAUCUCCCUUUACCGCCUCCCGAUCUCCCCCUUUACCGCCUCCCGAUCUCCCUUCCCGUCGGCCCAUUUCCGUUCUCGCCGCCCCAUUCCCCUUUCCGCCGCCUCUUUGACCUUCCCGCCGCCGAAUUCCCCUUCCCGCCGCCCAAUUCCCCUUUUUCUCCGCCCAAAGAACCCAUUCCUGCCGCCCAUUCUCCCCUUCCCGCCUCUCAUUCAACUCCUCCUGCCUCCCUUUCCCCCAUUCCCGCAUCCCGUUCCCCCCCCCUUCCCGCCUCCCAUUCUCCCCUUCUUGCCUCCCAUUCUCCCCUUCUUGCCUCCCAUUCUCCCCUUCCUGCCUCCCUUCUUUCCCUUAUCUCCCAUCCCUCCCUUCCCUCCCUUCCCUCCCUUCUCUCCCUUCCCUCCCUUCUCCCCCGUCCCUCCCUUCUCCCCCGUCCCUCCCUUCUCUCCCUUCCCUCCCUUUUCUCCCUUCCCUCCUUUUCUCCCUUCCCUCCCUUCUCUCCUUCCCUCCCUUCCCUCCCUUCUCUCCCUUCCCUCCCUUCUCUCCCUUCCCUCCCUUCUCUCCCUUCCCUCCCUUCUCCCCCCCCCUCCCUUCUCCCCCGUCCCUCCCUUCUCUCCCUUCCCUCCCUUUUCUCCCUUCCCUCCUUUCUCUCCCUUCCCUCCCUUCUCUCCCUUCCCUCCCUUCUCUCCCUUCCCUCCCUUCUCUCCCUUCCCUCCCUUCUCCCCCGUCCCUCCCUUCUACCCGUCCCUCCCUUCUCUCCCUUCCCUCCCUUUUCUCCCUUCUCUCUUUCUCUCCCUUCCCUCCCUUCUCUCUCUUCCCUCCCUUUUCUCCCUUUCCUCCCUUCUCUCCCUUCACUCACUUCUCUCCCUUCACUCACUUCUCUCCCUUCCCUCCCUUCUCUCCCUUCCCUCCCUUCUCUCCCUUCCCUCCCUUUUCUCCCUCCUUUCUUCUCUUCCGCGCCGUGCAUUCCCAUUGUCCCCUGCCUGCCUCACAAUCUAUCCUUCCAGCCUCGCCCUUGUCCUGAAAGCGAUCUCAAAGUGCUUUUCCUCACAUGCCUUCCAAAGCCUCCUUCUCCCCCUGAGUUCCCUCCUCCCCUCGACCUGAUUCCUCUCGACUUCUUCCUGAUUCCCCUCAUUUUCGUCCUGAUUCCCCUCAUUUUCGUCCUGAUUCUCCUCAUUUUCUUCCUGAUUCCCCUCAUUUUCGUCCUGAUUCCCCUCAUUUUCGUCCUGAUUCUCCUCAUUUUCUUCCUGAUUCCCCUCAUUUUCUUCCUGAUUCCCCUCAUUUUCUUCCUGAUUCCCCUCAUUUUCUUCCUGAUUCCCCUCAUUUUCUUCCUGAUUCCCCUCAUUUUCUUCCUGAUUCCCCUCAUUUUCUUCCUGAUUCCCCUCAUUUUCUUCCUGAUUCCCCUCAUUUUCUCCCUGGUUCCCCUCAUUUUCACCCUGACUCCCCUCUUCUUCAUCCUAAUUCCCAUCAUUUUCUCCAUGAUUCCUCUCAUCACAGCUUGUGGUUGA